UUCUACACCUGGUUCACAUUAGCUUGAUUGACUCUCUGUCCUUUAAAGAGGGCUGGAGAUUCAGGUCUGGUGAUCUCUCUCAAUCAUCACAUCCAGAAAAGUUCAUCAUGAGGAUGUGUGCAGCCGUGGGUCUCUGGGUCCUAUCAGCAGUGAUCUGCGUGGGCAGAGGUCACGACAACGACCAGGCUGUCAAAGGCUCUAUAGUGGACGACAGCGUCUCCGUGGUGAACGACAGCGUCUCCGUGGUGAACGACAGCGUCUCCGUGGUGAACGACGCAAACGACGGCGUCUCCGUGGUGAACGACGGCGUCUCCGUGGUGAACGACGCAAACGACGGCGUCUCCGUGGUGAACGACGCAAACGACAGCGUCUCCGUGGUGAACGACGCAAACGACAGCGUCUCCGUGGUGAACGACGCAAACGACGGCGUCUCCGUGGUGAACGACAGCGUCUCCGGGGUGAACGACGCAAACGACGGCGUCUCCGUGGUGAACGACAGCGUCUCCGUGGUGAACGACAGCGUCUCCGUGGUGAACGACGCAAACGACAGCGUCUCCGUGGUGAACGACGCAAACGACGGCAUCUCCGUGGUGAACGACGGCGUCUCCGUGGUGAACGACUCAAACGACGGCGUCUCCGUGGUGAACGACGGCGUCUCCGUGGUGAACGACGGCGUCUCCGUGGUGAACGACGGCGUCUCCGUGGUGAACGACGCAAACGACGGCGUCUCCGUGGUGAACGACGGCGUCUCCGUGGUGAACGACGGCGUCUCCGUGGUGAACGACGGCGUCUCCGUGGUGAACGACGGCGUCUCCGUGGUGAACGACAACGACGGCGUCUCCGUGGUGAACGACGGCGUCUCCGUGGUGAACGACGGCGUCUCCGUGGUGAACGACACGAACGACGGCGUCUCCGUGGUGAACGACGCAAACGACGGCGUCUCCGUGGUGAACGAUGGCGUCUCCGUGGUGAACGAAGCAAACGAAGAGUUUUCCUUCCGACUCUACAGGAAGUUAGCAGCUGAUGCUGACUCUCAGGGAAAGAAUAUCUUCUUCUCCCCGUUCAGUGUGUCGGUGGCCUUGGCUGCGUUGUCCGUGGGAGCGCAGGGGGAGACUCACCGUCAGCUUUUCAGUGGUCUGGGAUUCAACAGCUCCCUCCUGACUCAGACAGAUGUGGACCAGGCCUUCCAGAUGUUCCUCCAGAGGGCCAACAACCCAUCUCAGGACGCCAGCAAAGGGACCGCCGUGUUUGUGGACGACCGCUUCAAGCCCGAGCCAGAGUUCCUGCAGACCCUGAAUCAGUCGUACUUCACAGAUGGGUUCAAUGUGGACUUCACCAACGCCACAGAAAGUGCUGGUACCAUCAAUAAGUACGUGGAGGAGAAGACCAACGGGAAGAUUGACAAGCUGGUGGAAAACCUGGAUCCAAACACAGUCAUGUAUCUCAUCAGCUACAUCUACUACAGAGGAAAGUGGGCAACUCCGUUUGACCCUAAACUCACCAAGCAGGACGACUUCAACGUGGACAAGAACACAAAGGUUCCAGUCUUCAUGAUGAAUUUGGAGGAUCAUUUCUACAUUUAUUAUGACGACAAGCUGAAGACGACGGUCCUUCAGCUCGCCUUCACCAGCUCCUACUACAUGCUGCUGAUGUUGCCUGACGUCAUGGCAACGCUGGAGAACGGCAUCUGCCCGAACCACGUCACCAAAUGGUUGACUACAACUAUAAUGAAACCCAGGAGAUAUAGUGUAUAUAUUCCAAAGUUCUCAAUCAAGACUUCAUACAACCUCAACAAUGUGCUGUCAGAAAUGGGAAUGACAGACAUGUUUUGUGUUUGUGCAAAUUUGAGAGGCAUUUCCGAGAAGAAAGGACUGGCAGUCUCAGAUGUUGUGCACAAAGCGACGCUGGAUGUGGACGAGACUGGAGCCGAAGCUGCAGCUGCCACAGGAAUCGACAUUGUACGGACCGCCAUCCGGGUCCCUGUCCCGGUGUUGAAGUUCAAUCGUCCAUUCAUGGUCAUCAUCACUGAAAGUAACCCGGAGAAAAUCCUCUUCUUGGGCAAGAUUAUCAACCCAAACAUCUGAUGGAUCAUCACUUUGUUUGCUUGAGCACAGCUGUUGCAUCUCCAUAUAAAGGAAUCAGAAAAAAC